CCAAAACCGGAACCGCAAGGUUGGGAUCGAAAAUGGAAGCCCUGAUUUAAAAGCGAAUCAAAAUCCGGCAAAAAUGGAGGCAUUAGAGAGAAGUUAAAGGAAAAUAGAGAUGAUUCAAGUUGUAUUGAAGCUUGUAUUGGCCGAAAUGGCUUUGAUUUUGGCUCUGUUGUUCAAAAAUCCAUUGAGAAAUUUGAUAGUGAAGGGAUUGGACAGAUUGAAACAGGGGAGAGGUCCUUUGGUGGCGAAGUCCGUCGCCGCGACGAUGCUGGUCGUCUUUGCCUCAGCCCUUUACAAUGCGGCGGCAAUCCGCGGGCGAAUGGCGGAGGGAGGCAUACUCAACCAGACGGACGAGAUUCUCAUGGCGUAUCGCCUUCUCGAAACCUACACGAUCGGUUUCUCGUUAUUCCUUGGGUUGAUUAUAGACCGAAUACACAAUUAUAUAAGAGAGCUUCAUCGACUUAGAACCACCUUGGAAGAAUGAUUCGAAGUCCUCACAUAACAAUGUUGUAGUGUUCGUUUUUCUUUUCCUUUUAACUUUAAGAUUCAACAUGUGUUGUUAGAGGGAAUUCAACACAAUGAUAACUGACCCAGAAAAUACGAUACGAUAUGUCCGUAACAUAUAUUGAUUAAUAAAAAAACUGAUGAUGCUCUUUUUU